ACAGGAAUCUUCCCCCCCCCCCCUCCCAACUAUUGCUGAUGGGGGAGUUCUUGCCUAACUUUCUCCACUCCCCCUCACAAGUAUGGGAGAUGUGGGUUUGUAAACAUUGGACGUUGGUUUGUAAACACAGGACUUGAUCUCCAGAAAGGCAAGAGUGUUAUGAUUGGGAGGAGAGAUAUUUACCUUCAUUGUUUUGCACAAGCUGGGAUGUGUUUUUACAGGCUGGCUCUGGGAUGAGCUGCAUGUGAAAAGGGGAAGGAAAGCAGGAGCUCUUUGUGCAGGUUUGGGGGGAGGAAUGGGGGGUAGGGUGGAAUAUCCUCUGGUCUGUGUGUUCAGUUUUCUUGAACUUGGUGGAAAGGCACACUUAUUCUUGAUGUCCUCUCUGCUGAAGAUGCAAACUUUAGAUCCAAGUAACUUUUUGGGGGGUUUCAGGAGCGAUUUGCUUGUGCCUCUUGAGGGAAGGUGGGAACUCAACUGCAAGGGUCCCCCCCCCCCCAUGGUUUCUGUUGUGCAACGUUCCUACCUCUGCUGUUAGGGAGAGAUCUUUAAAAUCUCAUUCAUAACAGUGUUCUUCCUCUGUUCUUGCGGGCUCAAACCUUGUGUGCAGUGGUGGUAUGAAAGAUACCACAGUGGUUUAUUUAGAGAUGUGGAAAGGAUUAAUAAAAGAUGGGGCAGAGAAACCCUGGCUAAUUUAUCAAAUUAAUGUUUGUAACAAUUCAUUAUGUAACUGUAGCUUCCUCUCAAAAUCGGAACUCUCCCACUCAUAUUGAGUGUGUGGAAUUGAUGGAUCUAAAUGUGGCUUUUCUGCAGGUCCGUGGUUCUUCUGCCACGUUCAGCGUUCAAAUCCUCCUAUGUCCCACUCUUUCUUUUUUCAAAUUGCUGCUUCAGCCUUAUCCAAAUGGUUCCCUUCUGGAUCUGUUUCUUCUUCGCUUUGCACUCCUUCUCUAUUACCCAGCCUGCAGGCGUGGCGGUGUGUCUGCUAACCGGGGUGUGGUGGAGUGCUUGGUAUCUUUCCAGUCCCUCUGUAGCUCCUUAGGCGAGGGGGGUGAUAUCCCACCCCACUCACAUUGUUUCUUUCUCUCCAUCAGCUCCCCAGCUGACCCUUUCUUGGCUGUCACUCACAUACACUCCCCAGCAUUCCCUCUGUCUCCGUAGCAACCCAAACCUCUCAGCUGCCUCCUUCCUCUUCCUCUGUCCUUUCCUUGAAUAUAAAGUUUAGACACAUAGGCACUUGGAGGGAGGAGUUUUGCUUAAAGCCAGGGGAUUUUGCUCUUGAGGGAGUGGGGUAGAAGAACCCCAGUCUUGUGGGCCUGGUAUUAUCUGGGCAGUGAACAUCUUGCUUGGCUGGUUCCUCUGUUUGUGGGGGUUAAAGCUCCAUUAUUUACACAUCCCUGUAGAGAAACAUCCCUGUAAAGAAACAGUAUUGCCAACCAUGAAAAGUAUUUCUUCCUUUGGAGAGAAACAUUAUUGAUCAGAGGCAGAAAGAGUACACUUUGACAGGCUUAUGUUUACUGCUUUCUUAAGGUUUUCUUUAAGACUCUCAUGCUGUUUGAGAGGGGGAUUCUCUCCCGAUGCUUCCUCUCUGUUGCUACCCCUGUAAUGAAAUAAUUCUCCAUAGGGUCUCUUGUCAUUUGGGAAGUCUGCUGCUUGAAAGACUGGUAGGAGGCUCUCCAGAGCUGGCCUCCAAAGUGUGACCGUUAGGGAGCAGAUGCCAUGCCCUUUUGCCCUUCGUUUUCACCUUGCUGGGUGUCUUCAGUGGGGAAGAUUGGAAAUGUUUUUGAAUGUUUUCCAGGGGGACGCCCUCUCCCCUUUCUUUGCUCAAAGAACUCAUUGUGAUGGAAGAGAGAGGCAGAAGAGGCAGUAUCCCAGAUCUUUGGUGGAGAGGGGAUCAAUAGGACUCAGUUUUGUUCAUGGCAGAGGGACCAAUCAGGGCAAAUCAGCUCAGCUUGCCUGCCGUCAAACCACAGUAACAUUGUGACCCUGCUGUGUGAUUACUUGGCCAUUCCUCUGCCUGGGCCAAUGCUAGAUCUGGAAGUGGUUCCCGAGCGAUCUCUUGGGAAUGAGCAAUGGGAAUUCACCUUGGGAAUGCCGUUGGCUCAGGCUGUAGCAAUUCUUCAGAAGCACUGUCGCAUCAUCAAAAAUGUUCAAGUUCUCUACAGUGAGCAGUCUCCUCUUAGCCAUGACCUCAUCCUUAACCUGACUCAGGACGGAAUCAAACUGCUGUUUGAUGCUUUCAAUCAAAGACUUAAGGUGAUUGAAGUUUAUGACUUGACUAAAGUGAAGUUAAAAUACUGUGGUGUACAUUUCAACUCUCAGGCUAUUGCUCCAACCAUAGAACAAAUUGAUCAGUCAUUUGGAGCAACACAUCCAGGAGUGUACAACUCAGCAGAGCAACUUUUCCACCUCAACUUCAGAGGACUAUCUUUUUCCUUUCAGUUGGACUCAUGGACUGAAACUCCCAAGUAUGAGCCAAACUUUGCCCAUGGCCUAGCUUCUUUGCAAAUUCCACAUGGUGCAACUGUGAAACGCAUGUACAUCUAUAGUGGAAACAGUCUGCAAGAUACCAAGGCUCCCAUGAUGCCCCUCAGCUGUUUCCUUGGAAACGUGUAUGCAGAGAAUGUUGAUGUUCUGAGAGAUGGAACUGGACCCUCAGGUUUACGGCUUCGCUUACUCACUGCAGGUUGCGGCCCUGGCGUAUUAGCUGAUGCCAAGAUGCGGGUAUUUGAGCGCUGUGUGUAUUUUGGUGAUUCGUGCCAAGAUGUUCUGAGCACUUUGGGGUCUCCUCACAAAGUCUUCUACAAGUCAGAAGACAAGAUGAAAAUUCAUUCGCCCUCCCCUCACAAGCAAGUUCCCUCCAAAUGCAACGACUACUUCUUCAACUACUUCACGCUCGGAGUGGAUAUCCUUUUUGAUGCAAACACCCACAAAGUGAAGAAAUUUGUCUUGCACACUAAUUACCCUGGUCACUACAACUUCAAUAUCUACCACCGUUGUGAAUUCAAAAUUCCACUAGCUAUUAAAAGAGAUAGCACCGAUUCACAAACAGAAACAUGCACAACGUAUAGCAAGUGGGAUAAUAUUCAGGAUCUUCUUGGGCACCCAGUGGAGAAGCCAGUGGUACUUCACAGGUCAUCCUCUCCAAACAACACAAACCCAUUUGGAUCAACAUUUUGUUUUGGACUGCAACGGAUGAUAUUUGAGGUGAUGCAGAAUAACCACAUAGCGUCUGUUACUCUAUAUGGCCCAGCGAGACCCAGCAGCCAGCUGAAAACGUCCGAUCUUCCCCAGUGAGCUAUGUCGAUUAAUCAAAAUGCUGCAAGAUUAGUACAGCGUGCCUUGAUCUGCUGCCACUAAUAAUAUAAAAAAGCACGGUAUGAUGGAUUUGUUUUCAUUUUUUUAACGUUUAAAACUGCCUCUCGCCACUCGUGCGUGGGGCAGGACGAAGAAUUCUUUUGACCGUUCAUCAGAGGGCACGGAACUCGUGUUGGAAGUGAGCCGUUGAUCCCUGUUGCCGUCGGUCUUUCUUCCUCUUGGUUAUCUUCAUCCUUUUGUGGCAUAGAUAUAAAUAGACUGGUCUGUCUUUCCUGAGCUGGAAGAAGGAGGAGUUUAAAGAAAGUGCACACAAAGGACUGCACAAAUUAGAAGCACAAACUUUCUGAGCCUUGGAGCAUCUGGAAGCAGGUAUUGGAUAUAUAUAUAUAUAUAUAUUAGUCUAUGUUUUUGUGUUAACUGUACCGUUGUGGUGGAACUGCUUUUACAAGACAACAAAUUGGGAUGUGUGUAUAUAUAUAUACCCAAGCAGAAAUAUAUCUAUUUCUGUGUUUUAUGACAUCGUACCAAAUGUGACAAGUAUGUAUAUACGUGUCCCAUGAUUUCAGGCACCGUGUUUCUUUUAUAUACUGUCGAAAAAAAAGCACGAAGCAGCAUGUGCAUAAAAAACUCGGUUGUAACAAAUCUUUUUUUGCACUACAUACACUUUAAAUUACUUGAUAAGACGUUUUAAUCUUCAUUGAGGAGCAUCUGUGUACUGGGUAUGAAGAGGGGGGUGCAACGGUUUAUUUAAUUGUUUGCCACACACAGUGCUUAUUUAUACCGUGGGGUAGAAUAAUCCUACAUUUUCUGCACUAAUGGUUACUUGACAUGCUGAAGCAACAUUUUUAUUUUCCUGGUUAACUGAUUUGUGUUUUUUAAAGAAAUAUGUACAGUUUCCAGAAGGACAACAGAAGUCAAGUAAAUUAUUCCUAUUCUUUCUUUCUUUUUGUGGUUUUGAUAGCAUUUUUCUUUUCAAGGAAGAAAAGAGUAUUCAAUCCUGUUAGAGCAAAAACAGUUAUCUUGUCUUAUAACUAUAUGCAGCAUUAUCAGAUCAGAAUUUUGUAAUUCUUUAUCCUGUAGUUGAAGAAAUAGGUGAGUGGCGGCCUCUGAGAACAUCCUCCCACCCGAGUCUCAUUGAAAUGACUGGAUGUUGCACAGCCUUAUUGCAAGACUUGUGUUCUGCGGGGUAAAGGGGGGGCUUCCUUUGAACCCAGUCCUGGCAGAUCAUGCCCUUGGUAAUUAUAUAGCACAGUGGGUCGGGGAGUACCCUGCCCCCCAAUGUCUUUGGAUAUCUUUAUUUAAUGCCAAGAUGUUAGCCAAAGAGAUCCUUUAAUCAAGUUUCCUUAUUGCUGUCCGCAUAUAGUGACACUGCGCCCCCCGCCCCGACCUGUCACUCCCUGUCCCCCCCUUCCCACAAACAGGUUGCAGCCGCUUCCAAUUAAAAGAGAUGCUUCUCCCAGUCAUUAUCCCUGUUAGGAGGUGACUGGGCUUCAUGGGUCUCUUGCCAGUCUUAUUGUGGGGAAAGUUAGCUCGUCUAUCAUCUUUGAAAUCUUAACCCUUUUUGAAACAACGGAGAGAAAGAGAAAUGUAUAAUUUUAUCCCAUUUUUAAUAUUUUUGGUGUAGCAACUUGUGAUAUGUAUUAUAGACAAUUUUUGUGAGUUUUACAAAUGUGUGUACAGAUUUUGUAAAUACAAACAUUUUUUGUAAUUUUAACUCCAUGUACAGUGUAAUUCUGUAUAGUUUAUCAACAAGUGAUGGAUAGGAAGAUUUUAGAAAGUUGAACUAAACGUUUUUGAAUCCUGGACCAGUAGCAGGGAUAAAUGUAGUGUGUGUGUGUGAGUGUGUGUGUGUGUAUGUGUAUUUUGUGAGCGUGUGAGGUCUUCUUUGGCCCUUCCAUCUUCACGUGUACUGUGACAUUCUAUACUGCUUUACUUAAAAAAAUAAAAUAAAGGAAGCCCCACUGAGAAUCUAAUGGAUAAAGGAAAAAAGUUUACCUUUAUUUCUAGAUGUUAUUCUUUUUAUUCACAAUGUGCUUUUCCCCUAUGAUCAUUGCUUGCUGAGAAUUCUCUCACCUCCCUUUUCUCUUUAUGCUUUCUAACAAGAAUUCUUUUUUUUUCAUAGCCAUUCUGUAAAUUCUGUGAAAUAAUUAGCAUGUACAUUGAAAGGACAAAUAAAAGGAGACUCGGUUACUGUGUUGUUUAAAUACAGUUGCUGGAGUUAUGUAUUUUGCAA